AUGCCGGAGGUCGAGGCGCGGCCCUCGCCCAGGGAGGUGCGCGUGCAGUACGACGGGAGGGAGUACGACUGGCCAGACCUCGUGGGCUCCCCGGACAUCGCUGUGCUGCAGGAGAACAUCCUGCACUACCUCCGAGUUCCCCUCGAGCGGCAGGCGGACGCCCCCCCGACCGUCUACUCCCGGGCGGGGCCCGUGCUCACCGCGGCAGACGUGGCGCAGGAGCUGCGCCACGAGUGCCCCCGCUUCUGCGUCUACGACUGCGGCGGCCCGUGCCGCAGGAGGUUCCCGCCGGAGCGCUUGGUGGUCGCGGGCCAGUCGCCCCCCCUAUCGUUCCCCCUCACCUCCGUGCUCCUCCGACGCUGGAUGCGAUGCGGUGGGCCAGCAGGCAGGCGAGGUGGCGGACUCGGGCGUGCCGAGCCCGUGCGCCUGCGGCGCCCCCACAGAGCCCGCCGCACGCGUGGCCUGUGA